CCGUAGAGACAACUACUAGCCAAUCAGAGGUCGAGUAGGGCGGGGCAUGAUUGUGCUGUGCUGUGCCGGUGUUGUGUGAACGUUCUGUCGUUUGCAUCUUUGUUUUUCAGGACUGGGAAUUUUAAGAAGUCAGAGAGAUGUCUUCAGCACAGACAUUUCCAGGUACAGGCCCAAACCAACACAAGCGUGUAUCUGCUCAGUCCAACCCUGGCUUCCUGGAGCGAUUGAGUGAAACUGCAGGAGGGACACUUGUCGGUGUCGGGCUGUUUUUCCUGUCCAUUUAUGUUCUCUUCACCAAUGAGGGACGGGCUCUGCAAACAGCAUUGUCCCUGGAUGAGGGUCUUUCUCUGGUUGUGCCUUUGGAUUCUCGCUCCGGCCUCGACCUGCAGAACAACAACCAUUUAGUUCAUCUGUCUGCACAGCUGCGAACCUCACAGCCUCUGCAUGACCCCAACUACAGAGUGGUGGUGCAGGCAGUGAAGCUGAAGAGGCAGGUGGAGAUGUACCAGUGGGUGGAGUACCGGGAGAGCAAGGACUACCAGGAGGACGGUGAGACCAAGACUGAGACGACGUACACCUACAACACCGAGUGGAAAUCAGAGUUGAUCAACAGUCGUAAUUUUGAUAAGGAGAUCGGUCACCAGAACCCGAGUGCCAUGGCGGUGGAGAGUGUCACAGUGGUGGCUCCUGAAGUCAGAGUUGGAUCUUUCCUUCUCUCUAAAGGUCUGGUGGAGCAGAUCAAUAACUUCCAGACACUGAGCUUGAGGCAUUUUAAUGCCUUUAACUUGGACCCUUUUCUCAGCAUCGAUGAUGAUUAUUUCUAUCACACCCAGUACCCACGCAGGCCAGAGGUUGGGGACGUACGUGUGAGAUUCUCCUUUGCUGGUUUGAGCGGUGAGACGACUCAUCUUGGCCAGGCUCAAACUGUCAGUAUUGUGGCCAUGCAGAGAGGAGAGCAGCUGAUGCCUUUUAAGACCAAGUCAGGAGACACUCUGGAGAUCCUGUACCCGGAGGAGCUCACUCCAGAGGAGGUUUUUGCCAAAGAGCACCAGUACAACAGAAUGAAGACAUGGGGACUCAGGGCUGCAGGCUGGGCCCUCAUGUUCCUCAGUAUUCAACUGACCAUGCGAAUCAUCUACACAUUGGUGGAUUGGGUUCCUGUUCUCAGAGAGCUCGUGUCCGUGGGGCUGAAGAUCUUUGCCAUGUGCGUCUCCUGCUCUCUGUCUCUUCUUGUCAUCGGAGUCGGUUGGCUUUUUUACCGACCGUUAAUUGCUGCGGCUCUGGGAGCAUUAGCUCUGCUCCCAGUGUUCCUCGUCCGCUCAGGGUUUCCAGCCAAAAAGAACCAAUGACUUGUACACUGAUGAUUAUCACAACAGUUUCUGGUGCCUGGCUGUAGCCGUCCAAGCAGAGGUGUGAGACAGUGUGUACAGCUGAUUUUGUCCACUGCCGGGUUACAAACCAGGACUGGCUUUCUUGGCUAAAACAGACAUUGUACAGCAAUAAAUGUAUUCUGAUCGACUUGGUUUAGUCCACAACAUAGACUUGAACAUUAUAUAUUUUUUCAUGAAUAUACAUAAUGGGCAUCAUUUGAUCUACCUGGAGAUAUAUUUAUAGAUAAAAGAAAAAUGACCGCUGCUGAUGUUGUCCCAUCAGACACCUUCAUACAGCAAAUGUUUCAAAAUGAUCAUCCACCCACAAGCCUUCACUUCAUAUUUUCAUCCAAAUUCAUCUUCAUGUUUUGUUGCAAUGUAGGAUUGCUGAAGUCACAUUUAAACUGUAAAUAUAACUUGCCAAAGACGUGUUGCUCCCUCUACAAACCUUAACCUCAGUUGCCAUUUUCUUAGGUAGCCUGAGGGGUUUACAAAUACAUUUAAGCUUUAUGUCCAUUUUGAAUGUUGCCUUUUGUGGGACUGUUGAAUUGUAUUAUGUUAAACCAAAAGGUAAAUUUUACUGCACACUCCAUGUAAAUAGGUUGCACAAAAUAAGUUUCAGUAAAAAUUGAACAGUUUAGUUUAAGCUGGCAUUUCCUGCUGAUCUGCAGAAAAGAAAUGGCUUUCAAAUUUGACUCAAGUUGCUCAUAUCAUCAGGGUUUUGUUCAUGAAUUAAAAACUGAGUGACAUGAGGUAAUGCAAAAUAAAAUUUAGUUUUCAUUUGGAAAAUGAUGAAUGCCAGUGCUUAUUCGACUUUGUGUGGAAAAAUAUACUUGGUUAAAUACCAAAGAACUGUAGAAAGGCAAUCCUAUUGUUUGUAUGUAAUGUAUGUUAAAUAAAGCACUUUUUUUGUGUGUCAACUUCA